CUUCCCGUCGGGUUCGCGCUCCGCGGCGGAGCAGAGCGGAGCAGAGUGGAGGUCGGCGCGCUGCGAGUGCGGCGAGGGACGCUGGGCCGUUUUCUUAUUGUGAUAUACCAUGGAAAACCAACUGGCUAAAUCAACGGAAGAACGAACAUUUCAGUACCAGGAUUCUCUUCCAUCACUGCCUGUUCCUUCACUUGAAGAAUCAUUAAAAAAAUACCUUGAAUCAGUAAAGCCAUUUGCAAAUGAAGAAGAAUAUAAGAAAACUGAAGAAAUAGUUACAAAAUUUAAAAAUGGAAUUGGAGGAAAAUUGCAGCAGAAAUUACUUGAAAGGGCAAAAGGAAAAAGAAAUUGGCUGGAAGAGUGGUGGCUGAAUGCGGCCUACCUGGACGUCCGGACGCCGUCACAGCUGAAUGUCAACUUCGCAGGUCCUUCAGCCCAUUUUGAGCACUACUGGCCUCCAGAGGAAGGUGCACAGUUAGACAGAGGAAGUAUAAUACUUUGGCAUAAUUUGAACUACUGGCAGCUAUUGAGAAAAGAAAAAAUGCCUGUUCAUAAAGUUGGAGGUAUUCCUCUAGAUAUGAAUCAAUUCCGGAUGCUGUUUUCUACCUGCAAGGUUCCGGGAGUUACUAGAGAUUCGAUUAUGAAUUAUUUUAGGACAGAGAGCGAGGGGCAUUCCCCAAGCCACGUUGCAGUGCUGUGCCGAGGCCGAGUGUUUGUCUUUGACGCACUGCACGAAGGAUGUCUGAUCACCCCGCCGGAGCUGCUCAGACACCUGACGUACAUCCACGAAAAGUGCCAGCGAGAGCCCCCGGGCCCUGGAGUUGCUGCACUGACCACUGAGGAGAGAACCCUGUGGGCCAAGGCACGAGAGUAUCUGAUCAGUCUGGAUCCGGAGAACUUGGGUUCAUUAGAAAGAAUUCAGAGCAGCUUAUUCGUGUAUUCCAUGGAGGACAGCAGUGCUCAUGUCACACCGGAAGAUUACUCCCAGAUCCUUGCCAUGGUCCUUACUGGAGAUCCAACAGUACGCUGGGGUGACAAAUCCUAUAACUUGAUUUCCUUUUCUAAUGGAAUCUUUGGCUGUAAUUGUGAUCAUGCUCCUUACGAUGCCAUGGUCAUGGUGAACGUCGCCCACUACGUGGAUGAGAGGAUUUUAGAGACAGAAGGAAGAUGGAAGGGUUCAGAAAAAGUACAGGAUAUACCACUUCCAGAGGAGCUUGUGUUUACCGUGGAUGAGAAGAUAUUAAAUGACAUCAAGCAAGCUAAAGCCCAGUUUCUUCAAGAGGCGUCUGAUCUGCAAGUCGUGGCACCCGCCUUCACCUCUUUCGGCAAAAGGCUGACCAAGAAGCACUCUCUGCACCCCGACACAUUCAUCCAGCUCGCGCUGCAGCUGGCCUAUUACAGACUGCACGGCCGCCCUGGCUGCUGCUAUGAGACAGCGAUGACGAGAUAUUUCUAUCAUGGCCGCACAGAAACGAUGCGGUCGUGCACAGUGGAGGCCGUCAGGUGGUGCCAGUCCAUGCAGGACCCUUCCGCCAGCCUUUUUGAGCAGCAGCAGCAGAUGCUGGAGGCUUUUGCAAAGCAUAAUAAAAUGAUGAAUGAAUGUUCUGCCGGGAAAGGGUUUGACCGACACCUUUUGGGUCUUUCACUCCUAGCAAAGGAGGAGGGUCUCCCAGUCCUGGAGCUCUUCAUGGACCCACUGUUCUCCAGAAGUGGAGGCGGCGGGAAUUUUAUUCUCUCGACAAGCCUGAUUGGUUAUCUACGAAUCCAGGGAGUAGUGGUUCCCAUGGUGCACAGCGGAUAUGGAUUUUUCUACCACAUCAGAGACGACAGGGAUCAAGCACCCAGAGGAAGGCUGGACACUAAGAAGACCCUCAAACAUGCUGAGUGUAGGUUGAAGAGAGGUAUAAACAUGAAAACAACUAAAUACAAGAGUAUAUCACAGGAAGGCAGACUAGAGUCACAGCACUGACAGAGUUUUUCCACCCUAACUGCCUGCAACACAGAAACAACAGAAAUAUGACAAAGAAAGUCAACAAAAUGCCUUUAAAAACCUUUAGCCUCUCAAAAUGACACUAAAGUAAUUUAUAGGCAAGAACUGAAAAAACAAAUGGUCAAAAUGUUUGAAGAGAGCUCAAAGAAGAAAUAUAUAAACAACUUCAUAAGAUUCAAGAGAAUUUUAUUAAAAAGAUAAAGGAUUUUACUACUAAAAUGUUUGUUUGAUGAAAUAGAAGAAACAAACAAUAAACUAAUUGAGCUAAACAAGACAGUACAAGAUAUGAAUGACCCAUUUGGUAAAGAAUUAGAAAUUGUGAAAAGAAAUCAAGCAGAAAUACAAGCUCUGAAAAAUCCAAGAAUGCAUGGCUAGCAGUUUUGACCAGUAUGAAGAGAGACUGUGAGAAGCUGAAGACAAGGUGGAGGUAGAUCAUAAAUGCCCUGACACCCUAAAAACAGACAUGGGGGAAGCUGGAUCCCACAGCUGCUAGAAGAAUAAAAAAGAAACCAGUAUCAGAAUUAUAGGAAUAAAGGUAAUAUUAGAAGAUGAUGCAAAAAUGCUGGUGAGUUUGUGAGGAGAAAGAAACUCUUCUACAUUGGUGUUAGGAAUAUAAACCGCUACAACCAGUAUGGAAAUAAGUGUGAAGAUUCCUCAAAAAAUUAAAAAUAGAAACUCCAUUUGACCCAGCUAUGCCUCUCCUGGUUACCUUCCCCAAACAGUUAAAGAACAAAUUAAAUGAUACAUGCACACCCAUGUUUAUAGCAGCACAACUCACAGUAACUGAACCUUGGAAAUAGUUUGUAUGUCCAUCCAUCAACAUAGGAACAGAUUAAGAAAACAUGGUGUAUAUACACAGUGAAGACCUACUCAGCUAUAAAGAAUAAAUCUGAGUUAUUUGUAGGAAAAUGGAUGCACUUUGAGACCAUAAUGCUAAGUGAAAUAAAUCAGAUACACAAGCUUAAAUAUUGCAUGGUUUUUAUUAUAGGAGAAACCCAAAGUAUAAGGACAAAAAUAAAGGAUAGAUGAUGGGAAACAGGGAUGUAGACCUUUUGCAUAGGAGAACAGGAUUUAGGGGUGGGGAAUGGGGAGGCAGGGGAAGGGGAUGUAAAAAGGACUAAGAUGAAAUACGUACCAUCAACUCCGCAUGAUGAAUGUAUUUAUUAUGUGUUGCAAGCAUAUACUAAUAAAAAUAUCAUUUAAAAAGAAACAUAAUACAAAAAACUGAAGGUUAAAAGUUAUAUGAUGAUUCAAUAGAUGCAGAAGUAUUUGAUAAAAUUCAGUAUCCAUCACAAUGAUAACAUUCCCGAUCAAAUUAGGUACACAGGGAUCAUACUUCAAGAUAAUAAAGGCUGUAUAUGACAAACACAGCCAACAUCAUACUGCAUGGAGAAGG